UGAAAGCACAUCUUCCUUCGAUUACCCCAUCAAUACCCACACCCUAGCUAUCCAAUCCUUAGUCCUGAACUUCUCUGUAAAGAAUUUGGGUAUGAAAACUGUUGCAUACACGACAUUAAGCGCACGUAUCGCAGUUAGAGCAGUAAGCGACAGCAUUCUUAAAAACGUGUUUUGGAAUACAGCAGAAAGAAAACAGAUACAGGCAAAUGCGGUCUGACCGGCAGUUCAUAUAAUUUUGUAACAUCUUCUAACAUUUACUGUCUAGCGGAAGAGUUUUGCGUGGAAGACGAGCGACUAAGACUCACUGAAUAGAUACAAAAAAGCGAUUGACGAUGGGUCAGAUUAAUCGGAAGUAGCUUAUUUCAGCUCGAAACAGUGUAAACAUUUUUAAGAAUUGAUAAUCGCAUAAAAAGGCUUUCCGAGUUUAACGUACACAUAUUUUGUUGAUGGUCGUUUUAUUCUUCAUCAGCAGCAUGCAGUAUCGAAAUUUGAAAAUAUGUUUUUGUUUUUGAUCAAAUUAAUUACAUUCUGCGUCGAAUAGCAGGGAUGAUUCUGUUAUACGAAUAUAGGCAGCUUCAUAAAAAUAUCUAUUUGAUUUUUCAUUCAUGUUUUUGGGCUAUUCUUUUGUUGUCGGCAGUGGAUUGCAUAGUGUGUAGUUCUUGUUGCCCGCUAGGGAGUAGAAAGGCCAAAAAGAAUUCGAACAUCUCGCUCUACCUGCCUAUCGAUCCUUUUGGUAUAACUCUCGUUUUACCCCAAAUCGGUUAUCAUCGUUCUGAAUAGGACUGGUUUAUGGAUGUUUUAACCAUGCUUUCGUUUCACAUAUUCGAAGUUAAUAUUAAAUGAACUUUCAAGAUCGCGAUGCUGCUAGGUGGAACGAAUAGUAAUGAGAAAUAAUGGAGACAGCACGGUAACUAAAUGGAUGCUGCUGGUACAACGGCAUAGUAGAAAACCCAUAUAAGAAAAACGAAGUGUGAAAGUUGUAAAAAUAGUAAGACAUAUACUAAUACUAUCCUCCCUUUGAUAUGAGUGUUUGAUGCGGUGGAAUCCAAUGAAUGCGACGGAAAACUUGAAAUAAAAACAGACUAAAAUGGUUACUUCAUCACGCCAGCUGGCCAAACCGUGGCAAGUAUUGCAAAACACUGAACUCGUUAGCGUCGGUUUGGAACAAAACAAAAUAUCUUUUAAGAUAAUUGACAGAACAUCAAUAAAUGAAACUAGAAAACAUA